AUGCACCCGGCCGUCUCCAUACUUGCCGAUAAUGUCGUCAAAUACCACCAUCUGCUCGCCCCGCUGCUCUACAGCGUCCUCGCGGCUGUCGCAAACGCCCUAAUUCCCUUCUUCACCGUCCUGUUCUCCGAGAACCAAUUGGUCGCAAAACACCUUGCCCUACCCACCUGGACUGUUCUCGAUGGCCCUGCAGCCGAGACCAAGACCCCCCCGGAGCGACAGCCUCAUACCGAAUCAUACGGGAUACUGGCAGUUCUCGUCGUCUCUGCGAGCGCUGUUCUAGGCGUCUACGCAGUUCCUACCACGGUCGCGCUCGGUGUCAGCAGUGCCAUCUUCGCUGCUACUGGUCUUGUCCUGUUCGAGACCACCAUACAAGCCGCGACAGAAGAGGGCGAGGGUGGCAAGCGAGGACUUGGGUCUGCGAACGGGAAUCUGACCAAGGGUCAUCCGGCUGCGCAAUUGAUUGACGCUGCAGAGGCAGACUUCCAAGGCACCCUUAACCGACAAUCCAAGUCGCUCGCUGAUGCGGUUCGAGAGUACCGACGCAGGAACGGGAUCUCGCCACCUCCGCACUUCGACAAAUGGUACGAGUUUGCGACGCGCAACGGUGUUGUGAUGAUAGACGAAUACGACACGAUCAAUGAGAUGCUGCUACCGUUUUGGGCGCUCAAACCAUCGACGAUUCGGUCGCGCAUUGCGAAUGCGUUAGGUCAUGAAGAUAGCUCCAUGCUUGCAAUUGCGAUACGCCAUGGCGCUGUAGAGAACUUCCAAGGCGGCGAUGAAUGGCAACAACAGGCUACCAUUGGCAUGAUGAAGCAGUUUGUCCAGUAUCUGCCCGACAUGGAUCUGGGCUUCAACUUACAUGACGAACCGCGAGUUGUCGUGCCCGACAAUCUGUUGUCGUCGAUGGUGGCAAAGGCGAGGGACGAAAUUCUACCGCGCACUGCGAAGAACACUGCACCUCGUAAUGCCUUCUCUGCCCGUCCAGAAGACUUGAGUGAUGGUACACGGUUUGCUGAAGUUAGCACGACCAAGUUCAAUCGCUUUGCGCAUCAACAGACAUGGACGCAUUCGCGGCUGUCAUGCUCCCCUGGCACUCAGGCCCAAACCUUCGAAGACUACGCUGCCGAUAACUUCACCGCGUAUGCCGCCAGCGACCUUGGCUUUAUUUACAACACAACCGCCUUCUCUGAUAUCUGUAACUCGCCUUCGUUCUCGUCAACGUUCGGAUUUUUCGAGCGCCCCAACGCCUUCAGUAUCAUCCAUGAGCUGACACCCGUCUUCUCACAGUCGAAGAUCUCCAGCUUCCAGGACAUCCUAUACCCCAGUCCAUGGUACUGGAUGGGCAAAGUAGGCUACGACGAGACGCACGACACGACCUGGGAAAACAAAACCAACAGUCUCUACUGGCGCGGCUCCACAACAGGAGGUUUCAGUCGCAACGGCGGCUGGCGACGCCAACACCGCCAACACGUCGUCCAACGCCUGAACGCCCCCGACACCGCCAAAGUCCUCGAACCCGUCUCCAACCCCACCUCAACCUACGCCGUAACCUCGAUCGAGCGCAAAGCCCUCAAAGACCUCAUCGACGUCCACUUCUCCCACAUCGGCCAAUGCGACCCCGGCGACUGCGACGCCCAAAACGAAUUCUUCGACGUAACCGAACGUGUCGACGGCCAAGACGCAUGGUACUACAAGCACCUCCUCGACAUGGACGGCAACGCCUUCUCCGGCCGCUUCUACAGCUUCCUCAAGUCCCGCAGUCUGACCUACAAAAUGGCGCUGUUCCGCGAGUGGCAUGCAGAGUGGCUACGACCAUGGGUGCAUUAUAUCCCCCUCUCCCUCCGCGGCGACGAGCAUCUCGAUCUUGUAAGGUGGUUCAGCGGAACACAGAUUUUCGACGAUGACGGCGAUGGCGUUGUGGAAAGAGUCAAGGCGGAUGGAAGCAAGAAGGGCGGGAAUGGCGCGAGUGAAGGCGAGAAGAAGGCGCGGCUUAUUGCGAAGAGGAGUUCUGAGUGGCAUGAUCGGGUGUUGAGGAAUGUGGACUUUGAGGUUUGGUUCUUUAGGUUGCUGUUGGAGUAUGGGAGGGUGGUGGAUGAUCAGAGGGAGGAGAUUGGGUUUGCGGGGCCGUAG